AUGGACAAAAGCCUGGUGAAGCGCACGGAUCGUCUGGACGGUCUCUAUGACGCCGAGAAACAAUUUCUAAUAGUCGAAUACGAGCCGUCGUCGUCGAUCAAAUCGAUAGCAGCGCUUACGUUGAAAAAGCGCCAGGGACCAAAGAGUCAGGCGGUAAAUAUUGGUGCCACGAUGUUGAAAGGUUUCGAAACAAUGGACAAGUUUGAGGCUAUAGGAAAGAAAGAAACAAUACGCUAUAAAUGUUGCUUUUAA